AGUUCUCCUACUCCCCCAACUAUACGCCUUCAAUGCCGUCUUUCUCAUCUUCCUCCCUCUCUAUAUGUCCCUUCCUUUGAUCUUUUCUCUCAGCCAUUCUCAUCGAUUCUUCAAGCCUCUUCGAUUUCGCCAACUGGGUCUUUCUCGUUUUCGCCCUUGCUGGAAGCCAUGAAGGUCACCGUCGUUUCUCGCAGUGGCAGAGAAGUCAUCAAGGGUGGUCUCGACCUCCCCGAUUCCCAGGGGACAGUUGCUGAUCUGCAGGAGGCAAUUCAUAAGAGAACUAAGAAGUUUUACCCGUCUAGGCAAAGGCUGACUCUUCCCGUGGCUCCUGGAUCCAAGGAGAAGCCUGUCGUCCUCAACAGCAGGAAGCCCCUCAAAGAUUAUUUUGGUGGGAACACGGAUAGUUUAACUGUAGUCUUCAAAGACUUGGGCCCUCAAGUUUCCUACCGCACUCUCUUUUUCUUCGAGUAUCUUGGUCCCUUGUUUAUCUACCCGAUCUUUUAUUACUUCCCGGUUUACAAGUACUUUGGCUAUGGAGAGGAGCGUGUGAUCAAUCCAGUUCAGACGUAUGCCAUGUACUACUGGUGCUUCCACUACUUCAAACGGAUCCUAGAAACGUUUUUCAUUCAUCGUUUCAGCCAUGCCACCUCGCCACUCUCGAAUGUAUUCCGGAACUGUGCCUAUUACUGGACAUUCGGUGCUUACAUUGCCUAUUAUGUCAAUCACCCUCUCUACACCCCGGUUAGCGACCUCCAGUGGAAAAUUGGUUUUGGGUUUGGUCUGGUUUGCCAAGUUGCAAACUUUUACUGCCAUAUCAUUCUGAAGAACCUUAGGAGCCCUGAUGGGAGCGGAGGCUACCAGAUUCCCCGUGGUUUCCUGUUCAACGUUGUUACAUGUGCCAACUACACUACCGAAAUCUAUCAGUGGCUGGGGUUCAAUAUCGCCACUCAAACUGUUGCAGGAUAUGUCUUCCUUGUGGUUGCCGCUCUCAUCAUGACCAACUGGGCCUUAGGGAAGCACCGCCGUCUGAGAAAGAUUUUCGAUGGAAAAGAUGGAAGACCGAAGUACCCAAGGCGAUGGGUGAUACUGCCACCAUUCAUCUAGAAGAAGAUGUCAUUGUUAUGAGCAGCCCUCUCUCUCUCUCUCUUGUCGGUUAAGUAGACCAUAAAUUUGUCAAAGAGGAUAGCAUCGUUGAGGAUGUUUCGUUUGUGUUAUUCACGUUGUCUUGUUCCUUGUUUUACUUUCCCUGUUUCGUUCCCCUGUUUUUUAGAGGUACACGGCAGAGAUUCUUGUUAAAAGACUUGCCAUGAUAAGAUUCUCUUGCAUUUUCUUAUUUUCACAAUGAUAAUUUGUCAAAUGCUAUUUUAUUA